AAAACUGCUUCAAAUGAACCAAAUAUGAGAGACCACGAAAAAGUGACAUAUCACAAUAACGAUAGAUUAUGGUGCGCAUUUUCUGAUAAGAACUAGCCCAGUUUGCUCCAUGGGACAAUACGCAGGGCCCACGCUUGUUGCAACUUGACCAAUUCAAUGUUUGGUGUGAUGUUUUAUACCAGACAACCUUUAUGAUUUCACACUAACGAUAAUUGAUUUAAUUUGGAUGGAAAGUUAGUUUGCUAACAAGCCAGCUAUAAAACCAAGCACCCAAAAUGCAAUCAGCUGAUAUGCGGCAUCUUCCAGGUCAUGUGACAACCCCCCUGGGUUUCAGAAGGGGUCUCCAGAUAGGUAGCUCGAGCUGUUCACUUGUAUGGAACCAGAUAUCGCCUCUUCCUCUCACAACCAGUACAAUAUCGACGGUAGGAAAAAUACUGCUUUCCCAAGACAUGCCCCUCUAGCGAACCUCUUUGAUGUAAAUACUACCGAGCCAGGAAUCACAGCUUUUACAGUGUCUGGAGGAGGAAUCGAAGAGGCAGCAGGAGGAUCCACCCAGCACCAGCGGACCAACCAUGACCACUGACCAUCGUCAAGACGGCCCACGUCCAGUUUUCUCCAGGAUAUCAGCGAGCACCUCUGAGGAGGAUGUUCUCUGUCCUAUUCCACCUCUCCCCCCAGGACGUGAUUCUCGGUAUGAGAGAAUUGGAGGCCAAACAGGGACUUCUUUUUUACAGACCCUGAUCCACCUCCUGAAAGGGAACAUCGGCACAGGGCUUCUAGGUCUACCUCUGGCUGUCAGGAACGCAGGCCUUGUGUUAGGACCUCUGAGUCUAUUUGCCAUGGGGAUAAUAGCAGUCCACUGUAUGAAUCUGCUUGCAAAAUGUUCCCACCACCUCAGUGCAAAGUUGAACAAGCCCUUUCUGGACUAUGGUGAUGCUGUGCAGCAUGGUAUGGAGAAUGUCUCAUGGCUGAGAAGGCACUCAAUAUGGGGGAGGCGGAUAGUGAACGUGUUUCUGAUCAUCACCCAGCUGGGUUUCUGCUGUGUCUACUUCGUCUUCCUCAGUGACAACGUCAAACAGGUGGUGGAAGCUUCUAACGGGACAACCAUGAACUGCCACAGAAACCAGACGGCUGUGACCGUCCCCAGCUUUGACUCCCGUCUCUACAUGUUGUGUCUCCUGCCAGCUGUUAUACUCCUGGUGUUCACCCGCAACCUGAAGUACCUGGCCCCCCUCUCUCUGGCAGCCAACCUGGCCAUGUGUACUAGUCUGGUCCUCAUCUACUUCUUCUGCUUCACGAACAUCCCAAAUCAUAUCAACCUGCCCAAGGUGGGUCAUGCCAAAGACUACCCUCUCUUCUUUGGAACGGCCAUCUUUGCUUUCGAGGGGAUAGGAGUGGUCCUGCCCCUGGAGAACAAGAUGCAGAAGCCUCAGAGUUUCAAUAUGGUUCUAUGUCUGGGUAUGGGCAUCGUCACCUUCCUCUAUAUCAGCUUGGGGACCAUAGGGUACAUCACCUUUGGAGAGGCCAUAGGGGGAAGUAUCACCCUUAACUUACCCAACUGCUGGAUGUAUCAGAUUGUAAAGCUUCUCUACUGUUUUGGUAUCUACAUCACCUUUGCCCUUCAGUUCUACGUGCCAGCUGCGAUCCUGAUUCCUCCUGCGUUGUCCCGCUUCUCAGAGAGAUGGGAACUGACGGUUGAUCUCCUGCUCCGCACUGCGCUCGUAGUCUUCACCUGUGUCCUGGCCAUAUUGGUCCCCCAGCUGGACCUGGUCAUCUCCUUAGUGGGGUCCGUCAGCAGCAGUUUCCUGGCUCUCAUCUUCCCACCACUCCUCCAGAUCCUCACCUACCACAACGAAGGUCUGUCUCCCUGGGUCAUCGUCAAGAACACCCUGAUCUCUGUCAUCGGCUUCCUCGGCUUCAUCACCGGCACCUAUAUAUCCAUCACAGAGAUCAUCAAACGCAACGGCAGACAUGACAAUCUGGAUGUGACCUUCUUCCAGGUCCAGUGAGAGAUCUAGUGAGGAAGAGGAGGAUAUCUUGACAGUAGUUGGGUCUGGCAAACAGUGAAGGCUGGCGGGUGGAUAAAAUCUGAAGACAGACUCAUUUUAGUAUGGAUGGUACCUUCCUUGGAUUUAGUGACACCAGCCUCCACUGCUGUCAAACGAUCGCAGUUAAAAGAUGUCUUCACCCUGACUUCAAACGUGUGUUUUUCUCACUUGCUCUAUUGUCCAUUGAUUAAACAUUUAUUGAUAUUGUGA